CUUUCGAUCAACAUGGCAGCUGAGUCUGCAGCUCAGCUAUUUUCCCGUCUUGGUUCUAAACAGUCUCUGGAGGGGUUAGACACUGUUUUCUUUUCUGACAUCCCACAAGGUGUAAAACCAGGAGAUGUGAUAGAAUUCCACGGAGCAGAAGGGUGUGGAAAAACAGAGAUGCUUCUACAUCUAAUAGCAAACUGUAUUUUGCCAAAAUCAUGGAAAGACAUACAUCUGGGAGGAAGAGGUGUUGGAGUAAUAUUUGUUGACACAGACUUUCACUUUCAACUUCUGAGACUUGUUACAAUAAUGGAGUAUCGAAUACACAGAGCUAUGAGACAAAUAAACGAAAGAACUGGAAUUCCAAAAUUUGAGGAAAAGUUUGUUUUUAAUCAUGCCUCRGCAUCGUCAAGUAAAGAUACUUCAAAAGAUAUUGAGGAUUUUAUUAGAGUAUGUUUGGCACGUCUGUUCAUAUUGCGCUGUAACAGUAGUCUCGAGCUACUUGCAUCAAUGUUGUCACUUGAGCAAAUGCUAAUAGCCAAGCCGGAAGUAUGUGUUGUUAUGAUCGAUAGCUUGAGUGCAUUUUACUGGAUUGAUAGAAGCACGGGUGGAGAAAGCACUACUGAUCAGGAAGAAAAGAUGAGAAAGUUAAUUGAAGUGAUACAGAAAUACGUCAAGGAGCAUCAUUUGGUAUUCAUUGCUACAACACAUGCAAUUUUCAGUGCAAGCAAAAGAACUCAAGAUGGAGUUGAGAAUUAUUUAUGCAAGUCGUGGUUGAGUGUUGUAAGAUAUAGAUAUUUAUUUAGAUCCCAUACGGAGUACGACACRUCAUCUAGAUCUCAAGCAGUUUAUACUGCCCAAAGAACAACUCCAAAAACUAAUGCUGUUAAAAAGUUUCAUAUUUAUGAGAAAGGAAUUGAAUUUAUGAGAUGAUAUAUUGAAUUCUUGAUUUUGGGAUUGAAGAGMAAAUGCAACUUAUCAGUAAAGAAAUUAUAAUUAUU